CUUGUAGUUGGGACGUACUGCAGGAAACCCCGAGCUACUCUAUAUAUGCAAACCAAAUUAUGCUUUUGUUACAUCACUUCCUUCCGGAUUUCUCCUCUAUGGACACGCCAAGAUGUAUUUGUGUCAGCAAUCAAGCUCAAAACACAUUUUGGCGGGACGGUGCUGAUUACACACACAAACCACAAAACAGACACCACAAACGCACACACACUCACAUGCACGCACACAUAGAUUUUCCUUGAAACCAAAAAAAAAGUUCUUACACUUCAAACCAAGUGUCAUAAAGUAUGAAGGGACUUGACAAGUCCAGAUGUGUAAACCAAAAAAUUGUUCCACAGACAGACAUACAGAUACUUUAGAUACUGUAGAACUGGGGUGUCAAAUUUAUUUUUGUCGCGGGCCGCAUUGUAGUCAUAGUUUCCUUUGGAGGGCCACGAUGAUUGUCAACCCAAAUAAAUGCAUGAACGCUUCAUAUUAUAUAUAGUCUAAGCUACAAAACAAAAUCUUUCUCAAAUCAGACUAUUAAAAAUUGUUCAAAUAUAUUAAAAAAAUAUUAUUUUUAAAAGUGAAGACAAUUUGCAAUUUUAGUAAUGUCACAUGAAUUUGAGUUGUCUUUGCGGGCCACAUAAAAUGAUGUGACGGGCCGUAUCUGGCCCCCGGGCCUUGAGGUUGACACGUGCGCUGUAGAAGAUGGACGGAUGGAUGGAUGAAUGGAUGGAUGGACGGACGAACGGAUGGAUAGAUGCAAACUGAAUUUUAAGUUACACAGCCCCCUCCCUUGUCAUAAUUACUAUAAGGUUUGUGUUCGCCCCUUUGUGGUUAAAAAAAAAAAAAAACUCUCCCACUCAGAGCGGAAGAGUUCCUUAGAUGAGGUAAUACUUGUUUCCUGUUGACUUACAUCACCACUUGAACCAAAACUGCUGUCUGUCCAUGAUAAUUGAGUCCAGUAGACAGUCUAAUUCCUUUAUAAUUAUUUUUGUCUAAUUUUCGUGCUGCAGUAUUACCUUGUCUCUACGACAUCAUUGUGUAUUGUACUUUAACUUUAUCUGCCCCCAACAUUCCAGCCUGCAGAUCUCAUCAGAUUAUUAUAGUAUGGUUAAUUAACCAUCAUUAUGACUUAAUUUGCAUAAGCAAUUACAGGAACAAUGAAUAUUAGUGCUGCAGCCAUUGAAUAUUUCAAUAUAUUGAUAUCCUUUUGAAAAUUGUAUUGAAUGAGUAUUGCAUACGAAAAACACGUAUUAUUGCUUUGUUAAAGAAAAGAAAUGAGACAAGAAAAAAACAAAUCAAUUCACUUAAUUAUGAGUGAACCAUUAGUUUCCAUUUUUGGUCAUAAUUUUCAAUUGUUCACUAUUUUCUCCUCAAAAAACAUUAGUAAAUGAGAUUUGGGGCUAUAGGAUAAUUCGACAUCAGGAACACAUAAAAAAUAUUCUGUAUUAUAUCUCAGUUUUUUUUUUAACCAUUAUUCUUUAAACAUGAGCCCAAAUCAUAAUUUAAUUAUGUAACCCAUUGUAAAUAAGAAAUAGUUUGUCAUGAUAUAACCGUAGCCUGUUUUUGGAGCUAUGGGAUUGGUCUGUGGAAGUAAGAUAUGUCGGCUACUGAAAUAAAGAGGUGAACGUUUCCUGCUUGAGGCUUGUAAAAGUUUCCCGGCUGUCCAUAUAUGGUCUGGCUUUAAAUAAAACGAAAGAAUUCCUUGUUUAACCUCCUUGGAGUUUGGCUAUGAACAAGAAACAUGUAAUUAGGUUGGGGAUGUUCACAAAAGUCUGGAGCGCUUUGCAAACCACAGCCGCCACUCGGUGUCCUGCUUUAGAAAAGGGCGGAGUGAGGCGAGGUUGAUUGAUGCUUGUUGUGGCACGCAGACAUGCGGUUUACUAUGUCUGUGUGUUCCCCGUGUGGUUCUAUGAAGUUGAGUGACGCGAUGACCUUGGCAGUCAGUUUAUAUAUUUGUGAAUUUACGCAAGGGAAAUAACUUGAGGCGAGUGAACAUUUGCCACGGACUUGACUUCUUCGAUCACCUGUUGGUUCAAUGCAUUAGGCAGACAAAUCAUAUGAAUAAUGAAUGCCAGCACUCUAAACAGCAAAAGAAAAACACUUGAUCCUAAUAUGCAAUAUGGAUAAAAGACUGUUGCAUUGAUUGAGAAGUUAGAAUAAAUACUGAGCAUCUGCAAGCACAGAGAGAACAUACAAACUCCACACAGGAAGUCUGGAGCUGUGAUUCGACCUUCGAACUGUCGACAGACACGCUAACAAGCGGCCAUAUCAAGAUAAUUUUGCCAACAUCUAUUUUCAAUCAUGUGUAAACAAGGUCUAAAUAGGGUCCAUUUAUCAUGGGUUUCACAACCUGCACUUGUUUGACAUGAGACUGUUUGUGUUCUGUCCAGUGACCAACGUUAUGCGUUUUUGAGUGAGGUGAAGAGAAUGAUGACAUCCAGGCUCUUGAAUUCCUGCAUCAAUGUCACAUCAGGUGUGAUCUUUCAUGGGGGCCCUCGCUUGACCCCAAAAUGGUCUUUUUAUGUCAUUUUGUUUGACCCAACCGCAUCCUGUUUGGCGUUUUGAAGCCGUGGUUGGUGGUGCCCUUUUCUUGAGCCAUGAUUAUGCAGAAAGAUUGAAUCUGAACCUCAAGGACCUCAAAUUGACCCAGAAAGUAGGGGGUAAUAUUUUCAGUGACGGCCAAAUUUUAGGAACUUGAACUGAUUUUAAGAUUUUAAGCAAUCUGUGUGUCGCGACUCGUCCUCGGUUGUUUUAUUAUGCGUAGGUUGUCAUGGUUUCUGUGUACUCGCCCCUCCCUUCCUGUGUCUACUCACAAUCCAUGUAUUAAUCACAGUCACCUUCCUCUCGUUACCUUUCUCGUAUUUAAGUCGUGUCUGCGUGUGACUUCCUGUCGGAUCGUUUUUGUUUGCUGUCUCCGUCCCACAUCUUUGUUUGUCUGUCUGUUUCUGUCGGCCGGUUAGUCCAGUAAUUGUUUUGUCAUGUCGUUAAGUUAUGUUCGUUUGCCGGUUCUGUUGGUUUGUUCCCCUCAUCCUCCCUUCCAACUACCUUUUCCCUCAAUAAACCCUGGUCUAAGCUGCGUUUGUUCGCCCUGCUCGACUAAUUCCGUGACACUGUGGUGGGUAACAAAAGAAUAAAUUUGAUAAAUUAUAAAUAUAUGACUAAAGAUACUUGAUAAAUGUCAACUGAAGCCCAUAUUGUUUGUGAACAUUUUAACAGAAUGGUGAAUUUCAUGUUUUAGGGCGAUCCAAGAGGCAAACAUUUCUGAGUGAGUACGGCAAAAUAAAAGGAGGAACAUGCUUUUCUUCCUUGGACAGGUUUCAUGCAUAUGUAUCAUUUUGUGCUUAUGGUACUUAGAAUGUCCAAUAAAAUGUGUUCUCUGCUUUGAAGCCAUUCAUAGAGAACUGUGGCCGACUGAGUACUGUCUGGGGAACCAAAUCCAGACCUUGUGUCAGCACCUUGGUCAAAGGAACUGGCCGGAAAUGAACUUUCAUGUGUUUGGAAUGUGGAAGCCGAGAACAUCCACAGAGGCUAGCACAUGGAAUUGUCACACUGAAAGACCAAAACUCAGUUUUUAAGAGCAAUUGGGAAACUAGAAUUGAAACAAACAUUCGGCCUGCUGCCAUGUCUCGAAAAUUCAGCGUGGAUUGACUUACUUAUUGCUGGCCUUGUGUUGACACCUUGUCUGCUUCUCCCAGUUGAGAUGUGUCUGGAUUUGAAUUCCAGCUCCAUUCUAGAGUUGGUUUUAACGAGAGUUUGAAUGAUGUUCACAGAUCUGUGCCCUGUGAUCCACUGGCGCCAAGCUGAGGGCCACUGGACCCCAACCCAUUUGUCAAAAUGUUGGCGUGACUGACCCAUUGUGUGUGUGUGUGUGUGUGUGUGUGUAGUGUUUGUAGAGUUUGAUCCUCGUGUGGAAUACAAAAGGACUUUUCCCAGGUUGAGCAGAGGCACAUACACUAAUGCGCUUGUGCAGGAUUCUCGUUCUUCCAGCAACUUAUCUCAGGCAUGAGGGCCUGCAUAGUACUUAUUUGCCUUGUGGCUGCAGUAUUCCCUUUAUCUGUAGAAAAUAAUCGUCAUGGAAAACAUAGGACUUCGCACAAGGCCAAGGAAAAGGACAUUGCCAUUGAGGAGGCCAACGAGGCACCAGUCUUACCCACUUUAGUGGCUGUUGAAGAGGGCAACCACGAACAGGAAGAAGGAGAAGCGAGCGCAGAAGAUGACUCUGCCGCCGAGAAAAAGAGCAGCCACUCUGAGAUGACAAAAAGUGAGGCGGUCCUCUUGAGUGAGGAGGAACUGGUGGACCUUCUCAACAAGGAAGAGGAUGAAGCAGAAAAAACAGAGAUGGAUAAAGAAGUGACCACAGGUCCAGAUGAAAAGGAGUUCAGACAAACAGAAGUGCAAGAGGAGAAAUUGGCAAUGAUGGAAGAUGAGCGGGUUAAAAAUGAGACUGGGGAAGGUGGUGAAAUGUUAAUGAAAAAAAGCCAAGACUCUGAAGUGGAGAUGCAAAGCAAGAAAAAUGACGAAGAAUCUUUAGGAGAAGACAAUGUUGCUUCUUUGGAAGAAUCUGAAGGCAGCUCAGAGUCCAAGAUAAUAUCAAAUCUUGACUAUGCUGGUGAUAGCGCAAUUAUGCCAUCUCUAGCCAAAGUGGAAGACCACACAGGAGAAAUAACGUCUGUUUCUAAAUCCGAUAUCAAAGAGGAUAAAUAUGCUGGAGUCAUAGAUGACGAUGUAACAGAAUCUCAAGUAUCGUCAAGUCAGGUUCAAAUCCAAGACAAGGCAAAAGACUCGGAGACGCAGAUGGCUGGAAAGAAUGAGGAGAAAAGUAAUGUUGAGAGUAGAGAUGAUGCCAGUGAAAAAACAAGCAGACCAAAGAAGAACCAAAGAACAAGGAAGCACUCACCACAAAGGGAGGAAAAUCAAGAUGAACAUGAACAGAGCCAAGAGACUCCUCAUGAGACUCACAAUCUCAACACAGUUCAGAAGGCAAAAAGGAGAAGAGCAGGACAAUGGGGCUCUUUAGUAGGUGUGAACCCAGUGCAGAUAAGGGCCAAGGUGGAUCUCUACCCGAGUGCCAGGUCCGCUCCUGCCCCAGAAGCCCCUCCUGAUCUAUGCGAUAAUUUCCGCUGCAAGCGUGGAAAAAUGUGCAUACUUGAUGAAGAUAAAAAGCCAAAUUGUGUCUGUCAGGAACCCUCUCAGUGUCCUUCUAGUUUGAAUGAGUUUGAUCAUGUUUGCGGUACGGACAAUAAGACGUACAACACUUCGUGUGAACUCUUCGCCACUAAAUGCAAGCUGGAAGGCACUAAGAAGGGACACAGGCUUCAUCUGGACUACACAGGACCAUGCAAAUUGAUACCUCCAUGUGAAGACACAGAGCUGGUCCAGUUCCCGUUGCGAAUGAGGGACUGGCUGAAAAAUGUGCUGCUGCAGCUUUAUGAACAUGACUACGUGUCCCCCGGCUACCUCACUUCCAAGCAACGAUUCAAAGUGAAGAAAAUCUAUGAGAACGAGCGACGUCUUCAUGCUGGUAAUCACUCGGUCGAACUAUUGGUUCAAGACUUUGAGAAAAACUACAACAUGUACAUUUACCCAGUGCACUGGCAAUUUGCUCAACUGGACCAACACCCCUCUGACAGAAUCUUGUCCCACUCAGAACUGGCCCCGCUCAGAGUCCCUCUGGUACCUAUGGAGCACUGCACCUCUCGCUUCUUUCAAGAGUGUGAUGCCGACAAGGACAAGCAGGUCUCACUUACUGAGUGGACUUCUUGUUUUGGCAUCAAGAAUAAUGACAUUGAUGUCAACCUUCUCUUCUAAGUUCACUUUGUGGCUCACUAAUGGAUACAAGUUGGCAGAUGCUCCAAAAUACAACUGUUUGAGCAUGGCACGCAUUUUACCCCAGUAAUCGAUUAAUCAGGGGUUGGGCUGGACCUUUUAACUUUCCUCUAACUAAUAUUGUGUCUUACUCAUUUAAAAUAAUCUAUAAGAAAUAACAAAUCUAGGCUUUCAACUGUGGGGAAGACCAUUUUCUGUUCUAGCAUGACUAAGCUUUACUGCAGAAUAUUUUUUGCAAAGCAGUCCCUCACGCCAGCUUCACAAGUAUGAACAGACCAAAAUGAGCACAAAUUCCAACAUCUGUUUUUCGCUGCAAAGAGCAGUCGCUACUUUCUUUACUUUUUAUGUAUGUAAUGACCUAGCAUCUUAUUACCUAUGAGAAAAACAUCCUUUAUUUUCUUCAUUUCAUUCUAUUCUGUUUUACAUGUAUUUUGUUAGUGGACAAUGUAUUACAUGGUAGGCUUCUUAAUUACUGUAAUUGUCAUUGAAUAGAUUUUGCAGUGUCACUAAGAAUGGAAAAUUAUUUCUGUCAACUAUGCAACUUACCUUAGAAGCUGUUUAUUUUUGCAAUCAUUAAAAGCUGAAUGGAACACACGUUGUGUUGGUACAUCAUGUUGGUGAAUCCACAUUGACUCAUGUACAUACAUCAAAAAUUAAUGCGGUAAUUGCAGGUUUUGUUUGUGGCUCAAGUCUCAAGAGGCUGCAAUGCCAUCAGAAUCAAUCCUAAAAAUUCUAAGCAGUGUCCAGUUGAUUGCAGUAACAUGCAAACCUAAAACACGAUGGCAAAAGUUUGCGAU